AAAAGCCAUUGAUUAAGCCUUGUUUUCUCCACGUGAAAACCAAAAUAACUUGUGAAAUCUUUUGAAACUGCGCAUUGUUUCUAAAGGAAUAAAUUAAUCAUGGCGGUUCGCGUUCAAUUCGAGAAUAAUAACGAAGUGGGAGUGUUCAGUAAACUGACGAACUCUUAUUGCCUUGUCGCUAUCGGCGGCUCGGAAAACUUCUACAGCGUGUUCGAGGCGGAACUCGCAGACACGAUACCCGUGGUGCAUAUCAGCAUCGCCGGCUGCAGGAUUAUUGGCAGGAUGACCGUCGCCAACAAGAACGGAUUACUGGUACCUUCCUCGACAACAGAUACCGAGCUGCAGCAUAUACGCAACAGCUUACCGGACACCGUCAAAGUGCAAAGGGUUGAGGAACGAUUGAGUGCGCUCGGUAACGUCAUCGCUUGUAAUGACUACGUCGCGCUCGUACAUCCAGACUUAGACAAGGACACAGAAGAGAUUCUCGCAGACACAUUGGACGUCGAAGUGUUUAGGCAAACGGUGGCUGGCAACGUGUUGGUGGGCUCGUACACAGCUUUGACCAACAGAGGAGGGAUGGUGCAUCCCAAAACUACCAUACAGGACCAAGACGAGCUCUCGUCCUUAUUACAAGUACCAUUAGUAGCUGGUACAGUCAACAGAGGUAGUGAUGUAGUUGCUGCAGGAUUGGUUGUAAAUGAUUGGAGCGCCUUCUGUGGUAUGGACACUACAUCUACAGAGAUCUCUGUUAUAGAGAGUGUGUUCAAGCUCAACGAUGCUAAACCUACUGCCAUCACAUCCACAAUGCGAGCAUCACUGAUUGACAGCAUGUCAUAACACCUGAGUGGUCCGGAUGGGCUGUACCUACAAUUUUUAUUAUAAUAUUGUUUUUUGAAUGUAAAAUUUCUGUUUAUAAGAUUACCGAACUGUCUGUGACCUUUGUUUUACUAAUUAAGUACAUAAAAAGUAAUAAAUAUUGUCAUUUUUUUUCA